AUGGAUCUUGUUCUUGAUAUCGUGGACACGUUUGUCCUGGACCGGGUGUACGCAAUCCUCCUCCCAUCGAACACCACCGCCAUCGAGUACAACCAGAACAUCGCCCAGUAUAUCAAUCUGCCACCUUCAGAAUGGGCUGGCAAAAGUCUCCUGCCACGGGAUAGUCCAUUCCGACAAGGCAUCACCCUGUUCUUCCUAACAUGGCUAUUCGGCGCCCUCACGUACCUCACAACCUCAACCCUCUCUUACAUCUUCAUCUUCGACAAAAAAUCCACAACACACCCCAAAUUCCUCACCCGCCAAAUCCCCCUCGAAAUCCAAUCAGCCCUCCUCGCCAUCCCCCAAAUGGCCUUACUUACGAUCCCCUUCUUCCUCCUCGAACUCCACGGCUACUCGCGGCUCUACUCCUCCACGCCCCCGUUUCCUGCAUACACAUACCUCCAGUUCCCUUUCUUCAUCGCAUUCACCGACUUCGCUAUCUACUGGAUCCAUCGCUUCGAGCACCACCCAGCCGUGUACAAGUGGCUGCACAAGCCUCAUCACAAGUGGAUCGUGCCGACACCUUAUGCAAGCUUUGCAUUUCACCCGCUCGAUGGAUGGGCACAGUCCAUGCCAUAUCACAUCUUCCCAUUCCUAUUCCCGCUCGAGAAGAGGGUUUACCUAGCUCUUUUCGCCUUCGUUACCGUGUGGACGGUUUUGAUUCAUGACGGGGAAUACGCGACAAAAUCGCCCAUAGUUAAUGGCUCGGCGUGUCAUACGUACCACCAUCUAUACUUCAAUUAUAAUUACGGGCAGUUCACGACGCUUUGGGAUCGGCUUGGUGGGAGUUACAGACAGCCUGAGGCGGAUUUGUUUAACCGCGAGACGAAGAUGGGGGAGGAGCAGUGGGAUAAGCAGGUGAGGGAGAUGGAGAGGGUGGUUAGGGAGGUUGAGGGUGUGGAUGAGAGGGUUUAUAUGAAUGGGAAGAAGGAGCAGUGA